CCCACUCGCCCCCUCACAGCUGCUGUACCAAGCAGUGGGCUUGUCAUGUGUACCGAGUAACCAACAACGGCGUAAACUUUUCAUUCGGAAGAUCGAUCGCAUUUCAUUUGACAGCCAAACACAAAUCGAUACCAUGCUUAGACGGAUACUUCAAAUGACUCCUGGGAAAGGAGGCUCUCAGAACUCUGAGUCAGACCAGCCCAGUGCAGACCUCAACAAUGACCAGACCUCUGAGGGGUUCAUCUGUCCCCAGUGUAUGAAGUCCCACAACUCAGCAGAGGAGCUAUUCAAGCACUAUGAGCUGUACCACGAUUCAGGAGACCAGCCCUCACACAUGGGCCCUGGCCGUGAAGACCUUGUGCUUCUCCGGCAAGAGUUGCAAGAACUGCAGACUUCGCUCAAGGAGGAGAAAUGGUUCUCUGCGGAGUUGAAGAAGGAACUAGACAAAGUUCAAGGACACCUGAAGCAAGGUCCACAGAAUGAUGGCCAGACAGGAUUAGAGGAUUCUGCCUUGGCGAUUAAGCUGAACGAGGCGGAGACAGAGACGUUCAACAUCAAGCAGAUGAAAGACCUGUUUGAGCAGAAGGCUGCCCAGCUGGCCACAGAUAUUGUGGAUGUCAAGUCUCGUUAUGAUGAGGAGAAGAGCCUGAGGGAGGCUGCAGACCAGAGGCUGGCGAAUCUGAGCCAGGAGCUACAGAGAGAGAGGCAAGACACGGACCGGCUCCACACUGAACUGCUGCAGCGGCCAGGAGUGGAGGACGUGGGGGUACUGCAGAAGGAGCUGAUUCAGGUGCAGACGUUGAUGGACAGGAUGACACGUGAGAGGGAGGAGGAGUCAGAACACCUCAAGAGUAAAUAUGAGCAGCUGCAGGCUGACCACACCAGCUCAGAGAUCCGGAAACUGGAGAAGACCAUCUCCCAGCUGAAGGCAGAGCUAGAGAAGGGACCUCAGGAGGCAGCCGUGUACACCCAGCAGAUUCACCAACUCCAGAGCUCUCUGAACAACCUGCAGCAACAGAGCCAGAUGCUUUCAGAGAAGCUGCUGCGCAGGGAGAAGGAGUUUCAGGAGCUGGAGGAAGGCCUGAGGGCCGAGCAAGUCUCCAAGAAGACAGCCCAGGCCAGCCUGCACCAGAGGGAGCUGGAGGUGCAAGAGCUCCAGGCCCGGGCAGUGGGUGCCGAGGCCAGCCUGCAGAGAGCCCAGGCAGAGCUGGGGGAGCGGGGGGAGGAAGCAGGGAGGCUCCGAAGGGAGGUGGCUGAGCUGGAGGCCAAGCACAGGGAGGUGAAGACUGAGAGGAAGCAGCUGCAGCAGCAGAGGGAGGAGAGGGAGAGCCAGGGCCUGGCGCAGCAGAGUGAGAUCUGCCAGCUGCAUGCUAAGCUACUGGAGGCGGAGCGGCAGCUGGGGGAGGUGCAGGGCCGUCUGAAGGAGCAGAGGCAGCUCUCUGGGGAGAAACUGAAGGACCGCGAGCAACAAGCCGCCGACCUGCAGAUCAAAUUGUCCCGCUCAGAGGAACAGUUGAAGGAGAACAGCAGUAAGACAUUGGACCUGCAGCACCAGCUGGAGAAAGCUAAGCAGCAACACCAGGAGCUCCAGGGCCUGCAGCAAAACACCAACACCAAGCUCAGAGAGGCACAGAAUGACCUGGAGCAGGUGCUGCGUCAGAUCGGGGACAAGGACCAGAAGAUCCAGAACCUGGAGGCCCUGCUGCAGAAGACCAAGGACAGCGUGAGUCAGCUGGAGGCCGAGAGGGAGGACCUGGUGGCCAAGAUCCAGGCUGGGGAGGGAGAGACGGCCGUGCUCAACCAGCUGCAGGAGAAGAACCACACACUACAGACGCAGGUCACACACCUGACAGACAAACUGAAGAACCAAUCGGAGAGCCACAAGCAGGCCCAGGACAACCUCCACAAGCAGGUGCAGGAGCAGAAGACCCUCCUGCGGGCGGCACAGGACCAAGCCCAGGCUGUGGAGACCUCUAUAAAGGAAGUGAACGCCCAGCUGACCGAGAGCAGGGAGAAGGUGGCCCAAUUGGACACACAGUUGAAGGCUAAGAUCGAGAUGCUGCUGUCGGCCGAGGCCGCCAAGGCAACCCAGAGAGUAGACCUGGAGAACCACCUGGAGACAGCCCAGCAUGCACUGCAGGACAAGCAGCAGGAGCUGAGUAAGAGCCAGGCGUGUGUGGAGGAGCAGAGCCAGAGGCUGCAGGCGAGACAGGAGCAGUGUGGCCAGCUGGAGGCCAGUCUGAAGGAGGUCAAAGACGAACUACUGAUCUCAGAACAGCGCGUAGAGCAGCUGGAGGUGCGGGCCAAGAAAGCGGAGGCGGAGGGGGUGGAGCUGCGUGCUGCCAGGGAACAGGCCCAGCAGGAAGUGCAGAAGCUCCAGAAGCAGGGGUCGGAGGUCAAGGGAAAGCUGAAGGAGCUGGGUUGCCUAUUGGAGACUGAGAAGGCUGGGGCUGCUGCGUUACAGGUGGAGCUGAAGAGAAAAACCUCCUCCCUGAGUGACACGCGACAGCAGCUGGAGCAAUGUGAGCAGGAGAAGACCUCCCUCCAGACCAACUUGGACAAGCUAGCCCAGGAGGGGCAGACGCAGCAGGCAGAGCUGGACAGGAAAGCCCAGGGCUUGGCCAGAGAGCUCCAGACGGCCCAGCAGGAGAAGGAGGCCCAGGGGAAAGAGCUGGUCGCGGUCAAGGAUGGCCUGGCUAAGGCCUCCAAAGCCAUGAAGGACAGCCAGAGCCAGCUGGACAAGGAGAGGAAGAGCAGCAAGGCAGUUCUGGAGGAGAAGGAGAAGUCCCAUGAGAAGGCCAGACAGGAACUGCUGAAGGCCACAGAGGCCACCACCAAGGAGAUGGCAGAGGUCAAAGGGCAGCUGGACAAGAUCAGAGAGGCAGAAAAAGGGCUGAAUAUGCAGCUGACUGCAUUAACAGAGCAACACAGCAAGACCCAGGAGGCCCUGAAAGAGAAGGAGAAGGGAGUGCAGCAGCUACAGGCACAGCUGACGACAGCCCAGGGGUCCUUCAGCCAGGAAAAGAAGAAGCUGGAAAGCCAAGUGACCGAGCUGCAAGGAUCACAUGCCAAGAAGGCUGAGGAGGAGGGUCGUCUGAGGGAACAGGUGUCAGGCCUCGGCCAGGAUUUGAGCUCUGAGAGGACCAGGACCACUGAGCUGCAGAAGGUUCUAGAGCAGAGUCAGCAAGGCCUGGCCAAGCUACAGUCUGACUACUACGGCAAGGAGUCAGAGUUGUCAUCUCUUAGACAGGACCUCAAGGCUUCUGAGGAGAGGCUGACCCUGUCCCAGAAGGAGUUAUCUGCUAACCGGAUCCAGCUGACUGGUCUGGAGGGGCAGGUGCAGGAGGUAAAGGCUGCCAGGGCCUCCCUGGAGCAGGAGCUGGUUAAACGGGACCAGAAGCUUGGCCAGCAGGAGACAGCCCUCAAAGACUUGCAGAAACAACAGGGUGUGACCCAGGAGGAGCUGCAGAAGGAGAGGAGCAGAGCGGAGGAGCUGAGCCAGACUAAGGCUGCACUGGAGAAGGACACAACCAGACAGGGCUCUGAGCUGAAGGCACUCGGGGAGAGGAGUGACAAGGAGUUGAGGGAGCUGCGGGAAGCCAAGCAACUGUUGAUCCAGCAGAAGCUGGAGAUGCAGGGCCGGGUGGAAGAGGUGCAGGCAGCCCUGGAGCAGGAGAAGACCCUGCACCAAGCCACCAGAGACAGUGUUAACCAGAAAGAGGAGAAGCUACGGGCAGAGACCCAGGAGAUCCAUGCCCAGCUGGCGUCAGAGCGUAAUGCUCGGGAGGGGCAGGCGAAGCGGGGAGAGGAGGCGGAGGCGCGGCUGGGCCUGCAGGUGACGGCGCUCAACGAGAACGUGGCCACGCUGAAGAGGGAGUGGCAGGGGAGCCAGCGGCACUGCGAGGAGCUGGAGAAGCAGACGGAUGAACUGCGGGGCGAGAUCGCCGUGCUGGAGGCCACCGUGCAGAACAACCAGGACGAGAGGCGCGCGCUGCUGGAGAGGUGUGUGAAGGGUGAGGGGGAGAUGGAGAAACUGCAGGCCAAAGUAGUGGAGAUGAGGAGGAAACUGGAUGAUACGACAGCCGCCAUGCAAGAGCUGGGCAGAGAAAACCAGUCACUACAGAUAAAGCAGUCACAGUCUCUGACCAGGAAGUGGGCAGAGGACCAUGAGGUACAGAACUGCAUGGACUGUGGGAAGGGCUUCUCUCUCGCCAUUAGGAAGCACCACUGCAGACACUGUGGCAACAUCUUCUGUGCAGAGUGCUCCGCCAAGAACGCCCUCAUCCCCUCAUCCAAGAAGCCUGUGCGGGUUUGUGAAACAUGCUUCGAAGACCUCCAGGCCUGACACCCCUCUCCCCCCUCCCCCCAGUAGCCCAGCAACGGCAUGUCUCAUGAUGUCCAUUUUCUAUGUGCAUUCAUCUGGACUGAGGAACCAACACCAGUCUCUCUGUGAACCCCAUUGGACCAUGUGAAGCAAACAGACCUACUGAGCUUUGGAGAGGAGUAACCUGGUGAUGGGAUGGGAGUGCAGAAGAAGUGGCCAGUCACUAUAGGGGCUGAUGGAGGUUUAGCAGAUGUCUCGACGUCACACAAGAAGAUGGGAACAUAAUGGAAGAAGCACUGCAGACAUUCCUGAGCUAUGUGAUGGAAUAGGCCGCAUCUGUAUAGUGCCUUUGCCUCUCCUGACCUGAAGUCGACAUGUCAGUCGGUCGGACAGAGGAUGGUAACAGGGAGAGCUCAACAGCACCAUCCAUUACUCCACACAUCUAUCUAGAACGGCGGCUAUCUUGGUUUGGCAUUGUUAUCAUCUUGAGCAUUAACAAGACAGUUGACUGUAAGUUGGGUCUUGAAGGGUUGUGAAGGCAGGGGUUAUACCGACUAACGGGUUAAGUUAACGAAAGGAUAUAGUUAUCUUGAAAGGUGGAAAGCAGUGGUUCUGUUUGUUUUAGAAGUAUUUUGUUCACGACCAAAGAAUGUCUAACUGGAGGAGUCCAACAGUCCUGAGAGAUGGCAUGACAUGAAGCUAAAUGGAAAGCCUGGAUUUUUCAUAACUUUAUUUCUUUUCAAUUACUUUUUAAAUCUAGCUGAAAGCUUUGGAUUUUUGACUCGUAAGGUCAUACAUUUUAUCAAGAAUUCAGACAUCCUUGAUAUACAUCAGAAUAAUUUUUUUUCAAUGCUGCUCAUCUUUCUACAAAACUGAAUUACUUUUUUGGUUUUUCACUGUCCACGUGGUUGGUUGCAUGUGCUUUUUCUGUCACCUGUAUCACAUUCAACAUCAUGACUACUGCAGGGGCUGUGUGUGCUCUGCUUUGAAGCAGAAGCAAUAACUGUCCACGUGUAUCUUGUGUGUAUAUGUGGUGCUUUAGGAAUGAAUGUGUAUCAGUAAGUGUAGGGCUGCAGUGUUGUCAGUCUGCAUGGUGACUGUUUAAACCUUCUCUCUAAGACACUUUUGUACAUGUCAAUGUUGAUUUACACUAAUUGCUAACUCUUUACGACCUGUCAAACAGAACUGAUAACACGUAAAAAUUCUAGUCCUCAUUCAAGUAUUUUUAAUGGGUGAUUCUCAUGAAACUAGUUUUAAACAUCUGUAGCAGAUUGAGUUGCAAAAAUCAACUAUAAUUCUGAAGACAAAGUCCAGUUUUUGGCAGUCUUAUUUUAAAUAACAUUGACAUUUUCACAUGAUAUUUAAAAAACAUUUUCACCCCAAAUUCUCAUUACCGAAAUGCAUCUGUAUUAAAUUCUGAGGUCAUUUUAUACUAGUUGAAGUGGACAUGUCUCAUUACCGUAACACUCAAGUUUCUGUAAAAACUCUAAAUGUUUUUAAAUAAACUUUUAUUCACUCAUGAUGCAUCAUCUAAAGCAGGGUUUCCCAAAGUCGGUCCUGGGGCCUCCCCCGUGUGCACGUUUUGGUUUUUGUCCUAGCACUACACAGCUGAUUGAAAUAAUCAAAGCAAACGUGCUCCAGGGGUGGCCCCAGGACGGACUUUGGGAAACCCUGAUCUAGGGGUUUAACUUUAACUGAGCACAAGUUAAUUUAUCCGCUUAUAUGCCUUCAGAAUGGGGUUCUUAUUCUCAAACAACCCCUUUACCCCACUUGGUCUUCUCAUUACUGAUAUGGCUAAAAAGCUGAAAUUGGGAAAAUUCAGAACCAUUACCUUAUAAACAUGGAGGCAUGAAUGGGCUUUAGUGAUGUGGUCAAUUGUUUGCUGACUCAUAAUGUCUGUCUCCUAUUAUUUGCAGAGCUAAGGGCCUCUCAUUACCGAAACAAAUGUCUCAAUAAAUAUGGGGUGCAAAAACUCUGUUUAAAUUACUUUUAAGCCACAAUCAGCAGUUUGUGUUUCAGCAAAGAGCAACACCACCACAAAGGAGAAUAUCCCCAAUUUUGACAUGUGUACCUGUUUUCACACUUACCUAUACUGACUGUUGUUUAAUAUCCCAAGACAGUUUUUGUUCCAUAUUGCACGUAUUUAGAUGCUUUAUAGGCGUAUUGUGUUAUGCCGUUUGCCCAUAGGAUCCCAUUCAAUCCAGAAAUAUAUAUAUUUUUUAAAUGUACAACCACAAAUAUCCACGUCCUAAUACACCAAUAUUACCUGUAAAGACCUUGGAUAAAUAUUUUUUUGCAGUUACGUUCAAGUCCAUUGUUGGCUUUUGAAAAUACAUGCAUAUAAUUACAGUACUUAUACUGAAAUAAGUGAUAUUUUAGUCAAUUACAUUAAGAUCAGUGAAUUUAGUAUUAUGCGAGGAUUAUUUGGGAUUAACAAAUGAUGAAACUGAUUUGUUGGGUUACUGAAUCUCUGGUAGAGAUCAGUACAGGUUUUUCAAAUGGCAAAUUAUGCAACACUCCUUUCCGAAACCUGCUCAUUAACGUAAUGCGGAAAUAUUAGGACACAUUUAUGCAAUUUUGUCUUAAUCUGAUGUGUACAUAAAUUAAAUAAAACAAUUUUAAUGUAUACAAAAGUUAUUGAUUCAAAAAGGUUGUUACGGUAAUAAUAUUUUACGAAUUACAUUUUAAAUGUUUAACUCAGGCCUUUUCAUUAGGGAAGCAAUGUUAAAAAUAUUAUAAAUUGAUUUGUUUUACUUUUUGGGAGUUUAAAAAGUGUUGCGGCAAUGAGCAUUUUUGCAUUGGUAGUUGUAAAAUGCAUUAUCUGAUCAAAAAACAAGACUAAUUAUGAAAUAGGAAAGUACAUAUCCUAAUCUCGGUGAUCCAAGAGGACAUUUCUUUUUUAAAUGUCAGUUUCAUGAGAAUGACCCUGAAAACAGUGCCUUCAGAAAGUAUUCACACCCCUUGGGAUUUUCCACAUUUUGUUGUGUUAUAAAGUGGGAUUAAAAUAUUUUUGUAUUUUUUGUCAACGAUCUGUCAAAGUGGAAGUAAAAUUCUAACGUAUGUAAAAACAAUUAUGAAAAAUAAACCAUCUUGAUUACAUAAAGUAAAGAACUCUGAGCCAAUACAUGUUAGAAUCACCUUUGGCAGCGAUUAAAGCUGUGAGUCUUUCUGGGUAAGUCUCUACAAGUGUUGCACACCUGAAUUGUAUAAUAUUUGCUCAUUGUUCUUUUAAAAAUGAUUCCAGCUCUGUCUAGUUGGUUGUUGAUCAUUGCUAGACUGCCAAUUUAAGUCAAAACUGUAACUAGGCCACACAAGAACACUCAAUGUCGUCUUCGUAAGGAAGAUUUAGCCUCGUGUUUUAGGGUAUUGUCCUGCUGAAAGGUGAAUAUCUCCCCGUGUCUGUUGGAAAGCAGACAACUAGGUUUUCCUCUAGGAUUUUGCCUGUGCUUAGCUCUAUUCCAUAAUAUUUGUAUCCUAAAAAAAACUCCCUAGUCCUUGCCGAAGAUUAGCAUACUCAUAACAUGAUGCAGCCACCACCAUGCUUGAAAAUAUGAAGAAUGGUACUCAGUGAUGCAUUGUUUGAUUUGCCCCGAACAUAACACUUUGUAUUCAGGACAAAGUUAAUUUAUUUGGCACAUUUUUUGCAGUUUUACUUUAGUGCCUUGUUGCAAAACAGGAUGCAUGGUUUGGAAUAUAUUUAUUCUGUACAGGCUUCCUUUUCACUCUGUCAUUCAGGUUAGUAUUGUGGAGUAGCUGCAAUGUGGUUUAUCCAUCCUCAGUUUAUCACAGCCAUUAAACUCACUGUUUUAAAGUCACCAUUGGCCUCAUGGUGAAAUCCCUGAGCGGUUUCCUUCCUCUCCUCUUCCUCUCCGGUUGUAUGUGUGGGGUACAGAGAUGAGGUAGUCAUUCAACAAUCAUGUUAAACACUUUGUACACAGAGACCAUGCAACUGACUGGUUAAGCACAUGUUUACUCCUUAACUUAUUUUGGCUUGCCAUUAACAAAGGGGUUGAAUACUUGACAUUUCAGCUUGUCAUUUUUAUGUAAUUUGUAAAAACCUAAUUCCACUUUGAAAUGAUGGGGUAUUGUGUGUAGGCCAGCGAUUAACUCAAUACAAAUACAUUUUAAAUUCAGGCUGUAACACAAUGUAGAAAGUCAUGGUUUGUGAAUAUUUUCUGAAUGCACUGUGCUGAUUUGAACUGCUCCUGCACUGUCUGGUCAAUCCACAGUAAAUGAUAAAGGCUCUUAGUUGAAAGGAUGCCAGGUUAUUGUGAGUGACUUGGUCAGCAGUCUUGGCUUCUGGUUUGCUGUAUGUCUACGUGUCUGGCUAGCCAAUGGGCUGGCUGUCCAACUAGCUCAGGGUUUCUAACUCUGUCAUAGGGUUUACCAUCUUAUUGUACGACAUUGUCACUUACUAAUACCAAGGCUAUAGUAAUUAUCUUUGUAAAAUGUUUUUCUUCCAUAAGAAAAUUAAAGGUUAACACUUGUGUGUGUAUAAAGAAGUGUCACGUAAAAAAAAAAAUCCAUAGUCUUACUGAAUUAAUUUUAGGGAAUGGCACUACAAAUUAAUCUGGCUUGUUUCACGUGGAUGCCGGCCGUCGUCAUGCAUGAUAUCGAUUGUCUUUAGUUCAUUCCUCGUCCACUUUAGAGGAUACAUGGCACCGUUUAUAUACUUUAGAAAUUCGUCCUUCCUCAUUUCCUUCAGGUAAGCACAAAUCUAAGUGGAUGGAUAGAUGAAAGGAAGGUUAACACUCACUUCCACCGAUCUGUAACUUCAAGGAAGGAUACAUUUCUGGUGUAUUGCAACAGGGGCCCCCCCAUAUGUAGCGAUUGUGCCUGAAAGAGUCACGUUACCCUGCAUUCGUCAACCAAUGGUUACGUGCCAUGUCAGACUGACAUUUCUUUAACAGCAAUCAGCAUCAGCAACGUCUAAGCUCUGAAACGCAGUCCUUGUUUGUCAUGGUGACAGUCGGGAACCCUGUGUUCCCUUGGACCACUGACCACCUGUCCUGGAAGAAGGGAUGUGUGUCUGAUUUAAGGAAAUAAAUUAUAGAAUUUGACUAGAUGUACCAUUUGUUUUCUAAUUUUCCAUCAUGACUAAAUAAAAGGAAUCUGUAUUUUC